AUGGAGUCUAGGAGUGCAUUGAAUUUAGUAAUCCGUAUAUCCCGGUUGGCAGGAGUGGCCCCUAUUACUAACUCGCCAAGUGGUCUACGCGUUUCUCGACCUUUGAUGUUUUACAGUUAUCUUCUUGUCACUGCUAUAAAUUGCGUAGUUCUCUCUGGCUUUGCAUUGGAUCUUCUUACUGAGCCUGCACGGUCCUUGCGCGUGCGCACCCCAACGUCCAGGGUUAUUUGGGUGGGCAACCUUUCCAUUAUAAUAUUGAUUGCUAGCGUUGCUGUGUACACAUCUCCAACACGUAUGUCUUCUGUGAUUCAUUGCUUGAAGGAGAUUGAAAAGAUUAAAGCUUUUCUUGGCGCUAAAAAUAAAUUUAAUUCUGGCGAAAAAUUUAAAUUUCUUGCAGUAAUAACGACUUGUGUUGGUUUAUGGAUUUUGAUCUUUUUUGAUCUCUGCGGCUAUGCCUUAGAAGCUUUGCAUCGUGGUACAGAAGGAAUUGAACUUAUGACUUGUAAAGCAAAAGCAAAAUGGAAGUUAAGCAGCGCUUCACAUAUCACUGCAUUAGGGAUGGAUAAGACUAAGCGUCUGGUGUGCUCCAUGAUGCGUCAUGCAACGACUGCAGACCCUAUGAUUGUUGAACUGGACUUGUUCACCAAACAGCUUAUUUUGGAUCGACCAACGUGUUCACCAUUAGGCCUUUGUACACUAUCAAGGCCACUUACCGUUACGAUUAUCGGCGCUGUAACUACGUAUUUAGUCAUCAUAUUUCAGUUUCGGUCGAAUGAGUCUGGAUAUAAG